AUGUCUCCCGUCGAGCACAACGCCUGGGCUCAGAUGAAAGCUAGAGAACGAGAACAGCGCCUAUCUGACUCUGACAGAGGCAAGUAUUCACUGUUGCAUAAGACAAAGGUUAACUCCGGUCAAGUGCCGACUCGAAAGCCUUCCACAAUCACCAAGCCCUCAGGCUUAGACAACAACGCUGAGCUGGCUCUGCUGAAGCCUGAACCUCAUCCCGCUAGUCCUAAGGAGAUGCCCACAGCUGACAAGCCGGGCGUGACGAGCAAGCCUAACGUGACCAAGAAGAGGUCUACCACAGAGCCUUCUAUGCCUUCAGAUCGCAGCUCGGGUUCAACCGAUAAAAAGAAGAAAUCGAAGGUAGCAACGCUGCGGUCCAAGUUCAGCUUGAAGGAUCUCGCCAAAGAAUAUCGGAAAGACAUUCCUCCCAUGAGCAGUAUGCCUAAAUUGGGCGGUAGCUCCGGCAGUGGAACCCAGCAUACUUCUUCUGACAGUGAGGAGCAGUCCAAGUUUACACAUACCUUCAGUGAGGCAAAGUUGUACGUUCCUAAGACCAGAACUGGCGAUAUGGUUCCCAACUCUGCGCCACCCCAUACCUCCGAAUUUCGUGACUCUGCCAGCACAGAUAAGCAGAGUAUCUUGUCUUGCCGCUCUGUGCAGAUUCCGCCCACCAAGGGCAACGACGAUGGGAAGACUGAAGCGAAGUUCAAGCAUAGCCUUGUGCACAAUACUGGCGUUGGCCAAGGCACACCGAACGCGCGCCUGGAAACUAUGCUGCUUGAUGGCUCGUCUCCCCCCGCACGAACCGGCGAAUACAAGAAUACUGGUCAACCGGAAUUAAUCAGGGUGCAUGAUCGCGUUAUGAGCUUGAAAGCUGGUAAAAACGAGACCGUGAUGCCUUCUUCGCCUCGGACCCCACCCCCAAUUUCUGUUCGCAGCGACGCUGCUGCAUACUCACCAUCCGUCUACGAUACGGCAAAAGAGGUUGGCUGGAAGGCCGCAAAGUCAUCACUCCCCGAGGUGAAGGAUAUAAAGCCAAAGCACCCCUUCAUCGUCUCCUCUUCUGACUUUAAGGAGAAGGCUCGUGAAGAGCAGGAUGAAGACCACAUGUUCUUGGAUCCCCGGGAGCCGCCACUUCCCCCUCUUCCUCUCAAGUCCAGAGACCGAGCAGUGAGAAGCAACCCAGUGGACAGCAACGCUAUCAAUGAAGCGCAGUAUUUAACCGGCGUGACCAGUCAUGGCGGGUAUGCUCCCCCCCCUCCGCAUCCGGGCUACCAAAACACGGUGACCUUGGACCAGCAACUCGCUUCGCAUGUUGAUUCGCUUCAUUAUCAUCUUGAUACCACGGUUAACAGACUUGCCAGAACAUUUGAGAACGGCAACAACUGGUCCGCGGACCAGAUUUUGAAGCAGGUCGACAGCGUGUUUGACCUCGCGCGAAUGAUCAAUACUCGCUCCGCGACUCAGGCAGAUAUCAUGAAAAAUCUAUCUCAGAUCUCCAUGGAAGCUCGCAACCAGGCAUACUUGGCCCGUCAGGAGACUUCCUUGGUAGAGGAAAGAAUGAAGAGUUUCGUCCAGCAGGAGGUUGCCAAGCUGAAGAAUGAGCUCAGUGACUUAAUUCUGUCCAGCCACGACAACCCAAAGGCCCAGGUCCAAGGGCAGGACUCAAGAGCAGACACGUCUCACACAGGAGACCAGGAAGGGCCCAAGCUGACCAUUGGAAAAAGAAACCAGCAUCAAAACAAGAAUAAGUCACGGCUGGUAACUGCGAAACGGGACGCAUUAACAAAACCUACUGACAAUAGGAAUGGAAUUGCUGAGAGCCAGGAAGGCAAGCUUGAUUCAGUACGACAAGCUGAACCCAGGACAGACAAAGAACCCACUCCUCAGAACAAUCAGAACAUAAGCGACGACGUCCCAACACCAACUGCUGCCUAUCGUACCCCGAAACCUCGAAUUGACGAUGUCGCUUCUCCCGUUCCAGUCAAGCGAGAGGUCCGUGAAAACCCUGGCGAAGAAUCAUCUGGAAGCCCUAAGGGAAAGGCUGGCAAGUUGCGUAUCUCCGGUCCGAUGCCUAUCUCAGAAUCUCCAUCUGCCAGCGGGGACGGCCAAAGAGAGAACUCAGAUACCAACCGGCCGUCCAGUCCACAGCGUGAGUCAGAAAGCAAACCCCGCCGUGUUUCCAGCAGUGACAAUCUGAAAACUCCCAAGAAAAAAGGGAGCGUCUUCAGUUUUCGCCGGAAGUGUGAUGGUGACAAUCAAUCCGGAAGCAGAUUUCUUCGCACCCCUCGUCGCACGAAGGAGACCAAAUCGGUCAGCAGCCAGGAGUCUCAAAGCCCUCGUUUCGCAAUAUCGACCCCUACGAAGACGCGUGCUGCGCCUGCCCCUCUCGAUUCGAUUACGUCCACCACGUCGAGUAAUGCGACAGCUAAUGCCCUCGAGGGUGGGCAGAUUCAAAGGCAAGAGAGCCCAAGUAUGAUUCAUCCUGCGCUCCGGAACUCCCAGCAGAGGCAGGUCAUGGCAGAACGUGAGCGCCUUGCACAGCUAAACCGCCAUCCUCGAGAAUCCACACAGAUACAGGCACAGGGACAAAGUAAUCCUCAUAACACCUCCCACCCCCUUCAGAAUCUAGGCAAUCGGGACUCGCCCUCCACGUCCACCUCUCCCCCUCCAUCAUUUGUAUCCUUUGAUGGUCCUAACCCCUAUGCUUCUGCCGUAUCCGUCGCUACCAGCUCUUCUGCCUCUUUCCACGAUGUCAGACAAUACCAAUCUAGCAUGCAUUACCCUCAGCUGCCUUCGUCCCUUUCUCUUCCCUCUCAGGGCCACGGACUAGGAGUUGGUCAGCCGCAGUUCUUCGCUCCACCUCCAGGUUUCUCACCUACUCUUUCUGGUGAAAAUAAUGGUAUCAGCCAUGGGCACGGCCAUAGCAAUGUCUCUGAUCAGCUCGAUGGCGUCAGCAUCGACUGGUUUAGAAAUAUGAAUAUGCCGAUGGCCACUAAUUAUCCGGAUAGUGACUUCUUUUGA